AUUAUCAGUCGCCUCCAACACGAACUUGAAAAAACUCUCUCUCUAAGAAACCGAAAAUCCAUGGAGGCGCUGCGCCUGACUCGGGCCCAUUCGCCUCUCCUCCCAUCAAAAUGGCCGGAAUUGGCCCAACGCAGGCCCAAUGAAGCCCACCGAGCUGCGAACGGCCGCCAAAUCAGGCCCUUCAUCGCCGCCACGCUUUCCAAACCGGCGGCCGAGAUUUCCCCCAAUCCAUCAGCUCCCUCCGCCGGAAAUGGUGCUGCGGCGGCGACGUUGCGGAAUCCUCCGACGGCUCCGGCUCGCUUGAGAGUAUCCGCCGAUUCCCUCCAGUACCCCGCGGGCUACGUCGGCGCAGCACCGGACCGCUCCGCCAUCGGCGACGGAGACGAUGCGCUGAGCUACCUGACGAACAUUCUGUCGUCGAAGGUCUAUGACGUCGCGAUCGAGUCGCCGCUGCAUUUCGCGCCGAGGCUCUCCGAGAGGCUCGGCGUUAAGGUUUGGCUCAAGAGGGAAGAUUUACAGCCGGUUUUCUCGUUUAAGCUCCGUGGAGCUUAUAACAUGAUGGCCAAGCUCACGAAGGAGGAUUUGGAGAGGGGGGUGAUUUGCUCGUCGGCUGGGAAUCACGCUCAAGGAGUUGCAUUGGCCGCCAAGAAAUUGGGUUGUGAUGCGGUGAUCGCCAUGCCCGUCACCACACCAGAAAUCAAGUGGCAAUCUGUUGAGAGACUUGGAGCUACGGUGGUUCUUGUGGGAGAUUCUUAUGAUGAAGCACAAGCUUAUGCUAAGAAAAGGAGUGAAGAGGAAGGGCGUGCGUUCAUACCUCCAUUUGAUCAUCCAGAUGUUAUCAUGGGCCAAGGGACCGUUGGAAUGGAGAUUGUGCGCCAAAUGAAAGGUCCAUUGCACGCCAUCUUUGUGCCUGUCGGUGGUGGCGGCCUAAUUGCCGGUAUUGCUGCUUAUGUCAAGAGGGUCACCCCCGAGGUGAAGAUAAUAGGGGUUGAGCCCUCCGAUGCAAAUGCUAUGGCGUUAUCGUUACACCAUGGUCAGAGGGUGAUAUUAGACCAGGUGGGAGGUUUUGCAGAUGGUGUUGCUGUAAAAGAGGUCGGGGAAGAGACUUUUCGCUUGUGCAGAGAAUUGGUAGAUGGUGUUGUUCUUGUAAGCCGAGAUGCUAUUUGCGCCUCAAUAAAGGACAUGUUUGAGGAAAAAAGGAGUAUCUUGGAACCAGCAGGUGCGCUUGCUCUUGCUGGAGCUGAAGCAUACUGCAGAUAUUAUGGUAUUAAAGGAGAAAAUGUUGUAGCAAUAAGCAGUGGGGCAAAUAUGAACUUUGAUAAACUUAGAGUGGUGACUGAACUUGCUAAUGUUGGUCGCCAACAAGAGGCAGUGCUUGCAACAGUUUUGCCUGAGGUGGCUGGGAGCUUCAAACAUUUUUGUCAACUGGUGGGUCCAAUGGAUAUUACUGAAUUCAAAUAUAGAUAUAGCUCUGACAAAGAGGCUGUUGUAUUGUACAGUGUUGGUGUUCAUACAGUUUCAGAACUCAAGGAAAUGGUGGAGCGAAUGGCGUCUUCUCAACUUCAAACUUACAAUCUCACAGAAAAUGAUUUGGUUAAAGAUCACUUGCGUUACUUGAUGGGUGGGAGAUUAAAUGUGCAAAAUGAGGUCCUUUGUCGUUUCGUCUUCCCAGAGAGACCUGGUGCUUUGCUGAAGUUCUUGGAUGCGUUCAGUCCUCGUUGGAAUAUUACUUUGUUCCAUUACCGUGGACAGGGUGCAACGGGUGCAAAUGUGUUGGUGGGGAUUCAGGUUCCAAGCUCUGAGAUGGAUGAGUUCCGUGAUCGUGCGGAUAGUCUAGGAUAUGAAUAUACAGUGGAUGAAAAAUGGUGCAAUCAUGUUGGUGGUAAUCCAGGUUCCGAUGUGAAUAAGUUUCAUGAUCUGGGAUGAGUAUGCAGUGGUAAGCAAUUACGGUGAUUUCAGACUUUUUGAUGCAAAUUGCAAAGCCCAUCCCUUACUCCCUUUGUUUAAAAAAGCAGGAGUCUUUGUUCUUUAGUAAUCAGCAGCACCAAAUUAGGUAAAUCAGAACCAUAUCUUAUCUACAGAAACCCCCAUUUUGUUGUUUUUGCAAGAUUAGCUUAUCACUUUGACCAAAUGAGUGAGUGGGUUGUAUCAUUUUCUUCUGGUGAUCGCUUCAUGGACCAUAACGGAAGAAUGUAGAAGAAUUAAUUUUAUUUUCUAUAACGGAAGAAUUAAUUGUUUCUAGAUUAAUGUCAUGCAUUUCUAGAAUUAUUUUCACAUAGAAUAAACG